UCAGAUACUAAGAGCGCGUGUGUGAUCUUUUCCCAGCUCACUCUCUCUCCCACACUCACUUAGGGCUGGAGCUCUGACCACGCUGCUGCCCGUGAGGUUCUCUCGGACUCUGCCUCUCCUCUGCUACUUUCUGCCUGCCUGCUCUACCCCGGCUGAACCCGCUUCUCCAGCUCAGGAACCAGUUUCUGCAGCUGACCAGUGCUGUAUCUCUGGCUGUGCUGUGAACCGUGCUGCCUUUUUCGUCUCCGCUGUAGCUCCAGCCUGUGGUUUCCUCAGGGCUGUACCCUCACCUACCAUGUGGUUUCGUCCAGCACUCGUACUCCUGCCCCUGCUCUGCCUCUCCCUGAGGCUGUCGGGUGCCCAGGAGGCAGAGACGGGCCCCCCUGCACCCGGCCAGGUGCCCAACGCCACCCAAACGGAGGACGAAUCAUCCGACUGGGGUCUUGACACCAUCCGGGACAGCUUCCAGGCUGUCAAUGGCUACUUUGACUCUAUGCUGGAGCUGCUGGGGGGACGCAACGGAGUCUGCCAGUACCGCUGCCGAUUCGGAAAGGCUCCUCUUCCUCGGCCUGACUACAAGACUCCUGAGCCCAAUGGCUGUAGCUCGUACUUCUUGGGCCUGCAGGUACCAGAAAGUCUGGACAUGGGAAUCCCUGCAAUGACAAAGUGCUGUAACCAGCUGGACCUUUGCUACGACACCUGCGGCUCCAACAAGUACCGCUGCGACUCGAAGUUCCGCUGGUGUCUGCACAGCAUCUGCUCCGACCUCAAGAAGAGCCUGGGGUUCGUGUCAAAGGUUGAAGCUUGUGAGACUGUAGCAGACACCCUUUUCAACACUGUGUGGACUCUGGGCUGCAAGCCCUUUAUGAACAGUCAGAGGGCAGCCUGCAUCUGCAACGAGGAGGAGAAGGAUGAACUGUAGGACAGCACCAGCGACAAAACAACACAGCAGACCACCGUACACUGCAAGACAACACAACACAAUCCAAUACAGCAUAGUGCAGAAGAACAUAUACCCACAUUAUAUAAUAAGGAGAACUAAAAUCUAACAAAAUAAUCAAAUAUGACACACUGCAGUCUGUCACAAUUCUAUACUGCACACACCAGCACAAAAUGACCCCACCACAUGUACAUUUAAGACAAGACAGGCCCACUGCACAUUUCAACACUACACAGGCCAGUCAAGUGCCAAGCAGGGCAGCACAAUGACAGGAGCAACAGGAGUUAACCAGAGCUGGCUGGGCUCAGUGGCCAUUCUUCCCUCAUGCUCUCACGGUGCAGUGAAACCCAGCAGAUCAGCAGGGCGCUGCCUGCAGCGGCUUACAUACAGAAUAAAAUAAGAAAAAGGACCAGAGCACAGCAAUUCAAUAAUCAAUCGGCAAGUCUGUUCAUAAGAGAGCAAUAAAGGGCCAUCUGGGACUGGAAUGAAGGUUGGAGCUCCGACUGCAUGAGUCUGCUGCCAGUUUACCUCAUUCUCUCCCCUUCCCCCAGAUGGGCACAUGGCCCAGUGGCUCAGGCACCGCUGCCACGGCUCAGACCAGCACACAGAACAAGUGCCUGGGUAUAGUAUUGUUAUUCGUAUUGCUAUUUGUGAUCCAGUGUGGUAGGUUGUAUUUAAGUUAUUAAAGGGUUGUUGUUUUUUUUCUUA